AUGGUGGCUACUCUUGAUAAUGUUGAACCUACAUCAUUUACUUCUGCAAAUCGCCACCCUCAAUGGUGCCAAGCCAUGGAUUCCGAGCUCACUGCUCUUCUGAAGAAUCAAACAUGGACUCUCGUGCCAUAUCAUCCAUCCAUGAAUAUUAAGCAGCUAGAUGUCCAAAAUGCUUUCUUACAUGGUCUUCCAAAUGAGGAGGUUUUCAUGUCCCAGUCACUAGGAUUCACAGAUACUGCUCAUCCAAACCAUGUGUGCCGCCUAAACAAGUCAAUCUAUGGCCUCAAACAAGCUCUACAGGCCUGGUUUGAGCGACUAAGCUCCUUUCUGUUGGAAGUUGGUUUUGAAGGGAAUGAUACAGCUCUUGUAUCUCGGUUUAUUCAACAAAUAGCGGAGUGCAAGUCGGUUUCCACUCUGAUCUCAUCCACUGCUCGGCUAACUAUGACCUCUGGUAACCUCAUGGAAGACCUGACAGUAUAUCGUAGUACAGUGGGGGCAUUACAAUAUGCUACACUAACAAGACCAAACAUCCAGUUUGCUGUUAACAAGGUCUGUCAAUAUAUGCAUCGACCAACAGUUGAUCAUUGGGCUGUUGUGAAAAGAAUUCUACGGUACUUAAAAGGGACUAUAAACAAUGGUCUUGCUCUAGAUCGGACUACCUCUAUGACAUUAUCAGCCUUCUCUGAUGCAGAUUGGGCAGGUUGUGUUAAUGAUCGGAAGUCUACUGGUGGGUUUGCUAUAUAUCUUGGGUCCAACUUAAUCUCAUGGAGCUCUCGUAAACAAGCAACUGUUGCUCGAUCUAGCACCGAAUCAGAAUAUCGUGCACUUGCAAAUGCAGCAAUCGAACUUACCUGGCUUCAAUCACUUUUAAAGAAACUCCAUAUCUACCUACCACGUGCACCCAUAUUGUAG